AUGUCAAAUCAAUAUAACCAUGCAGUUCACAUAUCACCUCAGUUGAGGACACCAGAAAACUUUUACAAUGUUGGAGCCGGUGUUGAAAUUCUCCAUCAAAUUCCGAAAGGUCCAGAUCCAGCCCAAGACAAUUCGAGUGGGAAAAGACCAAAAAGACAGUUAGACGGAGGGAAUAUGAGCAAUUUCAAGCGGCAACGGCUUAAUCAAUCUGAAGCAGUUUCACCGGGCCCGUUGCUUGAAAUAACUGGAUAUGACAAGAUAUCUACUGCCAUGAUGAAUUAUUUCUCUAAACAUCACCAAGCAGAGGAAGUAUACAGAAAAAAGAUGAAACUGAGAGAUGCUCUUUAUGGUAUUAUUCAAGGUGUCUUUCCUUACUGUGGUCUGUAUGCUGUGGGAUCUUCCAUGAGUGGUUUUGGUACCAACAAAAGUGAUAUGGACCUGUGUUUGAUGCUUACUCAUGAACAGAUUGACCAAAAACGAGAAGCCACAGAAAUACUAAAUCUUGUACACAGAGGUUUGAAAAAGUGCUCUUUUAUCAAAACCUCACAAGUGAUUAAAGCAAAAGUUCCAAUCCUUAAAUUCUGGGAUGACAUCAGCCGGGUUGAGUGUGAUCUGAACAUCAAUAAUUCAGUUGGAAUCAGGAAUACCCACUUACUGAAAGCCUAUGCUAGAUUGGAUUGGAGAGUUAUGCCCUUGGUUCUGUUCAUCAAAUACUGGUCUCGUUUUCAUGACAUCAACGAUGCACGGAAACAAACCAUCUCAAGUUAUUCAUUAGGCCUCAUGGCUAUUCAUUAUCUUCAAUGUGGCACCAAACCUCCAGUUUUACCGUCCCUCCAAAAACUCUACCCGGACGUUUUCAGUAUCAGCAAUGACAUCAGCUCUCUGCGUUUGGAUGAGGAACUGCCUCCAUACAAAUCAGAAAAUGAAGAAAGUCUAGGUGACCUUUUUCUAGGAUUUCUCAAGUACUAUGCUACAAAUUUUGAUUUCAAACGCUCUGCUAUUUCUAUACGCACUGGGACCAAGUUACCAAUUGAAAUAGUGAAACACAAGGUAGGCACUCCUGGUCAAUGGAAGUGCCUCUGUAUUGAAGAGCCAUUUGACCUCUCCAAUACAGCACGUGCAGUAUUUGAUGAGGACACUUUCACACGGGUCUAUCGUGUGUUUCAGACCAGCUACAAAAGACUGGAUAAGAGGAAAGAUGUCAAUGACAUUCUGACCCGGCCAUUCUAA